GAUGCGGCCGCGGGCGAUCGAGACGCCAGGCGGAGGAACCUUCCUGCACCCCAAUCCCUGGUCCCCGCGGCUCCGCAGCGGGAACGAUGCGCACGGGCAGGCCCUGAGGCUGCGCCUGUAGAGCAGCAGCUGCAGAGGCAGCUGUGGCGGGUCCCCAGCUCAUCUCCAGCCCCACUGCUGAGCCUGGGCGCCAAGGAGCCGCAGCAAUCCAAGUUCCCGCCAUGAGCAGCUGGCUCGAGGGGCUCAGCGGCCCCAGGGACUCGCGUCUAGGCGAGCCUGAGCGCAACGCCAAGCGGCCCCGACGCUCCUGAAGCUGCCUGCCAUAGCAGGUCCCACCACGGCCACCGCCACCACUGCGUCCCAGCCUCCACCACCACCACCACCACCACCAUCCACCACCUCCGCUUCCGCUGUCUCAGCGCAAUAGUGUCUCCAGCAGCAUGUCUCGAAGGAAGAUUUCAUCCGAGUCCUUCAGCUCUUUGAGCUCUGACUACCUGGAGACCAGCCCGGAGGAGGAAGGGGAGUGCCCAUUGUCCAGGCUCUGCUGGAAUGGCAGCCGGAGCCCGCCAGGGCCACCUGGCUCUCGAGAGGCCGCUACGGCUGCUACCCCGGCCCCCGCUGCCUCUGCCGCCGCGGCAGCUGCUGCAGUCGCCGCUGGGUACAAGAGAGCCCAACGCCGCCGAAGGGUCAACCUGGACUCACUAGGCGAGAGCAUCAGCCUCCUGACGGCGCCCUCGCCUCAGACGAUACACAUGACUCUCAAGAGGACAUUGCAGUAUUAUGAACAUCAAGUUAUCGGUUAUAGGGAUGCAGAAAAGAAUUUCCACAAUAUCUCUAAAAGAUGCUCCUAUGCAGACCAUUCCAACAAAGAAGAAAUUGAAGAUGUUUCAGGAAUUCUUCAGUGUACUGCUAGUGUGCUCGGACUGCGGUUCCAAGAAAUUCAAGAACGAUUUGGUGAGGAAUUCUUUAAGAUAUGCUUUGAUGAGAAUGAAAGAGUCCUUCGAGCUGUGGGCAGCACAUUGCAGGACUUCUUCAAUGGCUUUGAUGCGUUGUUAGAACACAUAAGGACUUCUUUUGGGAAACAAGCCACUCUAGAGUCAUCAUCGUUCCUAUGCAAAGAGCUUCCUGAAGGUACUCUCAUGCUCCACUACUUCCAUCCUCACCAUACAGUGGGCUUUGCAAUGCUGGGAAUGAUUAAGGCUGCAGGAAAGAGAAUCUAUCACUUAAAUGUGGAAGUUGAACAAAUUGAAAAUGAGAAACUGUGCUCUGAUAGUUCAAACCCAAGCAAUUGUAGCUGUCUUACUUUCCUUAUCAAAGAAUGUGAAACUACUCAGAUCACAAAGGACAUUCCACAAGGUACUUCCCAAGUUCCUGCAGACCUCAGAAUCAGCAUCAACACAUUCUGCAGAACCUUCCCCUUCCAUUUGAUGUUUGACUCCAACAUGGUGGUCCUUCAGCUUGGGGAGGGCCUACGGAAACAACUUCGAUAUGACACUCACAGAGUGCUAAAGUUUGAGGACUGUUUUGAGAUCGUCUCUCCAAUGAUUAAUGCCACCUUCGAUAGAGUCUUGCUACGAUUGUCCACUCCAUUUGUUAUAAGAACCAUGCCCGAAGCUUCUGGUACUGAGAAUGAAGAUAAGGUGAUGGAAAUCAAAGGACAAAUGAUCCAUGUCCCAGAAUCAGGUGCCAUUUUGUUUUUGGGAUCUCCAUGUGUGGACAAGUUGGAUGAACUCAUGGGCCGAGGACUGCAUCUCUCAGACAUCCCUAUUCAUGAUGCCACCCGAGAUGUCAUUUUAGUUGGAGAGCAAGCAAAGGCCCAGGAUGGAUUGAAGAAGAGGAUGGAUAAAUUAAAGGCCACAUUAGAAAGAACUCACCAGGCCCUGGAAGAAGAAAAAAAGAAGACAGUGGAUCUGCUGUAUUCUAUUUUCCCUGGUGAUGUAGCCCAGCAGUUGUGGCAAGGGCAGCAAGUACAGGCCAGAAAGUUUGAUGAUGUCACCAUGCUCUUCUCUGACAUUGUGGGCUUUACAGCCAUAUGUGCUCAGUGUACUCCCAUGCAGGUGAUCAGCAUGCUCAAUGAACUCUACACAAGAUUUGAUCACCAGUGUGGCCUUUUGGAUAUUUACAAGGUGGAAACAAUAGGGGACGCAUACUGUGUGGCAUCUGGACUGCACAGGAAAAGCCUAUGCCAUGCAAAGCCCAUUGCUCUGAUGGCCUUAAAGAUGAUGGAGCUUUCAGAAGAAGUUCUGACUCCUGAUGGAAGACCCAUUCAGAUGCGGAUAGGCAUUCACUCAGGCUCUGUGCUGGCUGGUGUGGUCGGAGUAAGAAUGCCACGAUAUUGUCUUUUUGGAAAUAAUGUCACUCUGGCAAGCAAAUUUGAAUCUGGAAGUCAUCCUCGGCGUAUCAAUGUCAGCCCAACGACUUACCAAUUACUAAAACGAGAAGACAGUUUCACAUUUAUUCCUCGUUCUCGAGAAGAACUUCCAGACAACUUUCCAAAGGAAAUUCCUGGGGUCUGCUAUUUCCUGGAGUUAAGGACUGACCCAAAGCCACCAAAGCCAUCCCUAUCUUCAUCAAGAAUAAAAAAGGUUUCCUACAAUAUUGGCACAAUGUUCCUCCGGGAAACAAGCCUCUGAGACUUGCUGCAGAUCAAAGACUCCUCCAAAAAGCACAAGCCCAGAACAUGGGUCCUGAUGAGGAGAGGAUGAAACUAUUUCUCUUCCAAUGCUCUGUAAGAACAUAUAGUAGGUUUUGUGUUAACGUCAGGCAAUAAUCCAUGAAAUGAUGAAUGACUGAUGU